UUCUCUUUUAAUAACUUUCGUCUCGCUUACGAGGAUUUCUUUUUACCCUCGCGUUUUCGUUUUUGUCUGAUACUCCUGGGAAUCCGCCUAAGGCUCUGCUCCCGCAUUUGAUUCCAAUUCUAUAGAGAGAGGGUGAAAGUGAAAGCCUGAAAGUGGGUGGUGGGGAGAAAUGGGUGAUUUGAAAGUACUGGAAGCGAAGGAGAGUGAGAAGGAGAAGGAGAAGGAGAAAACAGAGGACGAGGAGGAAAGUGGAACAGAGAGUAAAGAGGGUGAAUUGAAUGGUCUGAUGAGGUGGGAGAAAUUCUUGCCCAAGAUGGUAUUGAGGGUUCUCUUGGUUGAAGCUGAUGAUUCCACCCGCCAGAUUAUCACUGCGCUUCUCAGGAAAUGCAGCUACAGAGUGACUGCUGUUCCUGAUGGCCUGAAAGCUUGGGAAAUGCUGAAGGGAAGGUCGCACAAUAUUGAUCUAAUACUGACAGAAGUAGAUUUGCCUUCCAUAUCUGGCUAUGCGCUUCUGACCUUAAUUAUGGAGCAUGAGAUUUGCAAAAUCAUUCCUGUUAUAAUGAUGUCCUCGCAAGAUUCGAUUAGCACAGUAUACAAGUGCAUGUUGAAAGGUGCUGCUGACUAUCUUGUUAAGCCCAUUAGGAAAAAUGAGCUGAGGAAUUUGUGGCAGCAUGUUUGGAGAAGGCGAUCAUCAAUAAUCAGUUUAAAUGGUCUCCAAGAUGAGGGUGUUGCUCAACAGAAGGUUGAAGCCACUGCUGAAAAUAAUGCUGCUAGUCGUUCAAGUGGAGAUGCCGCAUGCAUUCAAAAAAAUAAGGAAUUAAUUGAGAAAGGAAGUGAUGCUCAGAGCUCCUGUACAAAGCCUGAUUUGGAAGCUGAAACUGCCCCUACGGAAAAUGUUGAAGAAUUUGCUCAUCUAAGAUGUGGUGACUCGUGUCCGAGUGAUGAAAAGAUUCAGGAGGUUGAAACUUGCAUUCAUUUAGGCCUCACAUCGAUUGUGCAUGAUAAUCAUGCUGGAGGUAAAUUUCUAGAGGCUAAAUGCCUUGGUGUUAUAUAUUUAUUCUACUUUACAAGGAAGAAUCUAAAUUGCAGCAACUCUUAUUCAUCAGGAUCAACUUUGGGCAUCUGCAAAAAUGGUAAGACAGGCACAGCUCAUGGCACCAAUGGCUGUCCAGAGAAUAGGAGUGCUAGUAUCGGUGGUGAAACUCAUGAUAAUCACUAUGUUCAAAUUAGCUCUUCCCAGGAAGCUAUUGACUUGAUUGGAGCAUUCCAUGCUCAUCCAAAAUGCAGUCCCAAAAGUUCCACAGUCAAUUGCACGGGCAUGUUUGACUUCUCUCCACAGUUAGAUCUUUCCUUGAGAAGAGAUCAUCCCAGCAGCUUUGAGAAUGAAAUCUCCAAAGAUAGGCAAACCCUCGUGCAUUCCGAUGCCUCAGCUUUCAAAUGGUAUACCAGCAGACAGUUGCAAGCACCACCAACAGGUCUCACUAACUUUUGUGAUAUAGAAAAAGAACAGGGAACAAAUUGUGACAAAAAUAACUCUUACGUUGCUACUGGCUAUAACUCAGAUAGUUCAACACCGAGUAUGCAAAGAAGUAUUGUGUCACCCACUACGGCCCAAUCUAAAGAAUCUAAACUCGCAACUUCAUUCUCAGAGCAGCCGCGUUCCCUCCCAAUUCCAGUAAGGGGAAUAAGGUUCAACGAUCUAUGCAAAGCCUAUGGUUCUGUCCCUCCUCCUAUGUUUUCUACGCGGUCAGAUCCACCAUUAGGGCCAAAUCCAACAUCUGCUGUGUCUACCUUUCAAGCGAAUGCAUAUUGUCUGUCUAAUGGCAAAAAUAGUUCAGAGCAGCUUUAUGAAGCUCGAGGUCAAAGUGGAAAGAACCUUGCAAGCCACAUUGUUUAUGUGCAGGAUCACAAGUUGGAACAUGUGGAAGAUCGAGGACAUAUUUCUCCUGCAACCGAUCUAAGCAGAAGCAGUAGUUUCUGCAAUGGAAAUUUGAGUCGCAUGAACAGCAUUGGCUACGGCAGCAACUGUGGAAGUAAUGGCAACGUUGAUCAGGCUGUCAUAGUCAGGACUGCAUCAGAGGUGAAGAAUGAAGAUCUCACAAACAAUGCAAAUUCUCAUCGAUCCAUCCAAAGAGAAGCAGCCCUCAACAAGUUUCGUUUGAAAAGGAAAGAGAGAUGUUAUGAGAAGAAGGUUCGGUAUGAAAGCAGAAAGAGACUUGCAGAGCAGCGUCCCAGGGUGAAAGGACAAUUUGUUCAAGUGCACCAUGAACCUCAGGCUGCAGGCAAAGAUGGCUGAGAAUAAGAGCACCGUUGUUAGUAUAAAUAACUACAAAUUCUUUUUUCUUAGGAGUCCUUGAAUACCGGGAACACAUGAUCUGUAUAUGCUGUCUAAAGUCAUUUCCUGGUUGACCCUUCUUCUAAAUCUUGACAUAUAAUGUACCUAAUGUAACAUAUGACCGUUAUUAUAUUCAGUUUUAGAGGGAUCUGCCUGGCUAAUUAUUUAUUU